AUGGCAGAAGGUGGGGAAGAAGAAAACAACCCAUUUUCUUUCAAAAAGUUUGUAAAAUCGAAAGACAAGCAUGUUGUACAAAGCAGUGAAGAUGAAGCGGAAUCCAAGCAAGAAACUUUAACUCAAACAAAAGAGACUUCAAAAGAUUCAAAGAAGAAGAAGAAACAAGAUGAAAAUCCUUUUUCCUUCAAAAAGUUUUUGGAAUCCUCCGGAACAGGAAGCAAACCAAAGGACAGAAAUGACCGAGUCUGUCAUUCCCAGCGGACCAGUCAAAAUACUCCAGACUUUGCCACAGAUCUCCCCGAUUUUGUCCAGGAUCAUUUCCAGGACAGUCCCGCAGCAGCCAAGUUUCCUCCUAAUUUAGAUUUCCCUCUCCCUGAUUUAGGAUUUCCAAAUGAAUCAACUCAGAGAGGGCAUUCAAAUUCAUUUAAUGAACAAUUUGAGGUGAGAAAUAGUGACUCCAGAAAUUUAUCAUCAGACAGCUUAAGGGCCAGGGGUGUGUUUACGCCUAACAAUAGUGCAAGUGACCUAGUUUCUGGAAUUGGUGAAGUGAAUCGUGACAAUACUGAUGAGGAAGAUUUUGUGCUUAAUCGUCCUCAAGUUCCCACGAGUCUUCCAGACUUUAUUACAGAUGGCAUACUCAAAAAUACAGACAAUGCCCAAAGUAAUGAGAUUUCCUUACCUAGGCCUCUCCACUCUCAACUGAAUGGCUCACUUAGAGCACCAUCAAAUGGGGAGGAGGAAAAUGAAAGAUUGAAAGCAGAAAAUGAAUCAUUGCAACGACAAUUGGAGGAGGCCAGAAAUAGAGCUGUUAUGGAAACUAAAAGGUGCAAUAAGUUGAAAAAAGAAAUGGAAGCAGCUCAAAAGAAGGAGGCAGAAGACACAGCAGCCAUGGAGAAGAUGCUUGAGGAAGUGGAGGCCAAUUUACUCACCUCUACAAACAGAGCAGUUGCAGCAGAAAAUCAGGUUGCUGUGUUACAGAAACGUGUGACAUUCCUGGAGAAUGAGAAUGAGUUACUUAAGUCCGGAGACAAAGGAUUGGCGGAUCUAAGGGAACGGACAACUUAUGUUUCUCAGCAGUUAGUUUCUGUUGUAUCAACUGCAGAACAAAAUCUUAAGCAGAUGUUGUCAGGAGUGGAGAAUUUACGAAUCAUGUCUCAAGUGUUAAAAUCUAUUGACAAAGUCACAGAGGCAGAGGGAGCGUCAGGUGAAAGUUCACAACCAAAGAAGAGCAGCUGACACACUGAGUGGGUCAGAGGUCAUGUGUCAGAAGUCAUAUGUUAGAGGUCUUAGUUCAUCAGAAGAGAGUUUUUCCUUGUAAUUGGAUAAAGAAUCCAUGAUAUAAAUGAAUGAGUUUUCUAUUCAUGCAUCCUCACAAUGCUAGGAGUCCUGAGUUAACACUUUGCCUUGGAACCCCUGGCGAAUUUCAUUAGAUAAAUUAGGGCUUGCUUCUCCCAUUGAGAAGCACCAAUCAAAUUAAAGCUUUCAUAAUUAGUUAGAUAAUGUAACAGAAAAGAUUCAGUUGACACCUCAAAUGCAUGUGUUACAAGUUGUUUAUCGUAGAAUGGCUUAAUGUCCUUAGCUGAGAGAUAAGAAAAGCAAUCAAGAUUUGUAAUUUUUCUGAAAGCUGUGGCUACAGCCAGUUCCUGAAUUAUUUAUUGAUGUUGUCCAGGGUUCCACGGCAACAUGUUGAGUCAGGACCCCUGCCAUUACGAGGAUGGUAUUUAUCAAAAGUGAUAUCUUUGUAAAAUUAUUGAUCAUAAAUGUGUUCUGCAAAAAAAUAGUAUUUUGUAGAUUGCCCUUAAAUUUAUGCUAAAUUUUGCUACAAAUUAAAAUUUUUGUAAUUAGAAAUAGAAGUGUUGCUCUCAAUAAGUGAUGAAUUUAUAAGAUGAGGCAGACUUUGCAACUUACAUACUUGUGACUGGAACAGCAUAGGCCAAUAUUGAUCAAUGUUCAAUGUUUUAUCAUAUUUGUAAUACAGUUUUUAUUUUAUAUUGUGACAACUGUAUUUUAUAAGAAUUGUAUACUUUAAGUAAAAUAUGUUUUGUUAUUUUUCACUUUACACUAUAUGAGAGUACAAGUCUUUUCAGUUUAUGAAUACCUGAUACAUCUUAUUAUUCAUAUAUGACCAUUUAUUCAAAAGGGAUGAAGGAUGCAGUAAAAACAUACCACAUAUUUCCACGGAGAAGAAUUAUGGCUUUAACAUAGAAAAAAAAACAUUCCUAGGUGAAAUACCUUAUACUGUGAAAUCUUUAAUUUUCGUGGGGGUUUAAUUUUGGUUGUUUUCAAGGUUUGAUUUGGCCCACAAAUUUAUGUCCACCACGAAAUGCAAUUUUUCACAUAUAUUACUACUGAACAAUUCUUCAACCACGAAAUCAAAUCCCCAUGAACCAAUAUAUUUUCCUCAAACCACGAAAAUUUUACCCCUUGAAAAUAUGUGAUUUUACAGUAUAUAACAAGGUGUGAUUUUGGUUCCAGGGUGUGACUAUGUUUAUCAGUGAGAAAAGAGAGGUCUUUUCUACAUUUUCUUGUUGAUAAGCUAUGCAGUUUUAUCUAAGUUAAUUUUCAUUACUAGUUCAUACAUUAUUUGUUUCUCAGUGUCCAAAAAGUAUUUUUCAUUGCCAUAUAGAGGGUUCUUAAUGCCUGUUUAAUUGAGGAAGGACAUAUUAUAUAUGUUUGUAAGUGGGUAAGAAAGUGUAUUCAAUGUCAAGUAUCAAAAGGAAAUAUAUCUUAACAGUGAUACAUGUAUUAUUGUCACUGUAAAUCUAAACUGUUUACAUACAGUUGUGUAAAGGGUCUACAUGCAUGUUUUGUCAAGUGUCAUUUACGUUCAUACAUUUCUUUGAAAAGUUCCUUUAAAUUGCUCUAUUUUACAAUAUAAAAUCAUAGUGACUAAAUUUAGUUAUUUUAUGGACCGACGUGUAUAAUUUACUAACAUUUACUUACUAUUAAAGUAACAUGAUAUAAAAGUUAAAUGAUCUUUUUAAAAAGAAGGGGGAGGGGUCUGGAUUUUUUUCCCAUCAUGAAUAAAGGAAAGUCAUCAUUUAUUUGUAAGUAGUUAAAAAUACAUGGGUCCACAAGACAGAACAGUUUGAAAAAGACACCCCUUUUCCAAACAUAACCUUUUAGUAUUAAAAUUUUUUAUGGAAAGGCUCCUCACCUCUUUUUUGCUGAAACAGUUACUUGGUGAAAAUCAGGGUAAUCAGUUGUUAGGAAUGAACAAAACUGUGGUCAUGAAAGACGUUGGAACCUUUUCUUUUUAAUCAAGACUAGGUAAUAGUCGUAUAGUCUAAAUAUAGGUAUUGACAUGCUUAUCAGGCGCGGAUCCAGGAAUUUUUUCCGGGGGGGGGGGGGGUUCCACCCCAGUCAAAAAUAAAAUCCAACUCAGAAAUUUGUUGACAAACAUAAAAAAAUUACACCUGCGCCCAAACGUGACAUUUGACUUCUAAUGCUUUAUAGCUAUUACUUUUCAUACCAACUUUACAAAGGUCUGCGUUUUCAAGGGGGGGGGCUCCUAUUUCUAGGAGGGGUCCAAGGUCACUUUUAACUUGGUUUAGUGUAUCAAUUUAAUAUCUCUGCAAAUUCCAGGGGGGGGGGGUGUCCAGACCCUCCACCCCCUCUAGAUCCGCGCAUACUUAUUAAAAUCAUUCGUUUUCUAAUGCACACUCGAAUGUAUAUCCAUACUGUAAUUACUAAUCUUACGUUUGUGAUAGGCUCACAUGAAUCCACGCACCAAAUGGUAAAAAGCUGUUUGAAUAAAAUCAGUUUGUCCAAAAAAUAUCAAGAUUAAUGACCUUCAAUAUUCCCAGUGAAUAUGUAACAUUUUUUCUUUAAGGUUCAUUGAUACUGUGGUAAGAGAGAUAACUCCUAAUGACGUCAACUCAUGAUGUCAACUGUGUAAAACUUGGCUCUUUCUAGAAAGUUUUAGUACUAGCUACUAGUAGUAGUAUGUCGAAAAGGAAAAAUAAAUUCAGAUUCCGUU